AACCGGGUACCGCACCGCGGAAGGUUCAAGCCCGGCCAUUGAGCUCGAGCACGAUGGUGAUACAAUGGGUCGAGCCAGAGACACCGAACGGGCAAGUGACGGGUUACAAGAUAUACUACACGACGGAUCCGAAUCAACCGAUGGCCUCCUGGAAGUAUCAGAUGGUUGACAACAAUCAACUGACCACCAUCUCGGAUCUGGACACCCACACGAUAUACACGAUUCGGGUGCAGGCGUUGACGAGCGUCGGCCCCGGCCAUUGAGCACACCCGUCCAGAUUAAGACGCAACAAGGGGUACCGAGCCAACCGGAGAUGUUGACCGCGAUAGAUAUCGGGGAGACCACGGUAACCCUCCAGUGGAAUAAACCUAUUCAUAGCGCGGAAAAUAUUCUCAGCUAUGAAUUGUAUUGGAACGAUACUUACGCUCAGGAGAAGCAUCAUCGCAGGAUACCGGUGACCGAGAACUACACGUUGACCGGCCUCUAU